GGCCUAUAAAAGGAGAAGGAUGGCUUACCACGGAAGCAUGCUGUAGUAACAAGGGAUUCAGGAAUUCAAAUAUUUGCCUUUUCUUUUCUGUCCAUUUCUUACCAACCAAACACACCCAUUAAUGGCUUUGCUCUCAAUUCUCUUUCUGUUCUUCCUUCUCCUACCUCUUCUGCUUCUCAAAGGAAAGAAGAAAAAUGGAAAGGGAUUCAAGCUUCCUCCUUCCCCACCUGGCCUUCCCAUUAUAGGCAACUUGCACCAAAUUGGUUCACUUCCUCACCGCAGUGUAGCCCAGCUCUCCAAGAAAUAUGGUCAGGUCAUGCUGCUCCACUUUGGUAUCACUCCUGUGGUUUUUGUCACAACCCCUGAAAUGGCAAAAGAAGUCUUAAAGAACCAAGAUGUCAACAUGUGUAGUAGACCUCUCCUUCAAGGCCCAAGAAAGAUUUCCUACAAUUUUAAGGAUAUUUCUUUCACACCCUAUGGAGAGUGGUGGAGAGACAUUCGCAAGAUUUGUGCUCUUGAGCUUCUUUGUCCAAAGGCUGUCAAGUCUUAUCUGUUUGUGAGGGAAGAAGAGAUUGCUCGUAUGGUUGAUUCCAUUACCAAGGUAUCUCCAGCUCCUGUUGACCUCUCUGAGAAAUUAGCCUCUGUUAUAGAUAAAGUGAUAUGCAGGACUGCUUUUGGAAAGAUAUAUGAAGGAAGAGACUUAGAUAAUGGUAAACUCUCUGAAGCUGUUCGUGAUGUUCUGGUCUGCUUGAACAACUUUUCUGGAGAGGAUUUCUUUCCCUCUUUUGGUUGGAUCAUUAACAUGCUUACAGGACACACUGCAAAGGUUGAUAGGGCUCUCAAUAAUUUGAAUUCUUUCUUCGAGAAAGCUAUUGUGGAUCACCUUGAUUCUAAUAGGCCUAAGCCUGACCGUGAAGACAUCAUAGAUGUCUUGCUCCGAUUACAGAGAGAUCAGUCCAGUAGGGUUCCCAUCACCAAAGAACAUAUCAAGGGAGUACUCAAGGAUGUAUUCCUUGGUUCAGUGGACUCGGGUGCUCUCAGCAUGGUGUGGGCAAUGACAGAGCUUGCGAGGAACCCAAGAGUGAUGAAGAAGGUGCAGGAUGAAAUCAGAAGUCAUGUUGGAAGUAAAGGGAAAGUCGAUGAAAGCGAUAUCGAAAGCCUCCAUUUCUUUAGAGCGACAUUGAAGGAGAACUUGAGGUUGCACCCACCUUCCCCUCUAUUGUUUGCUCGAGAAACCAUGAGUGAUUGUAAGUUAGAUGGUUAUGACAUCCCCAACAAAACGAGAAUCCAUGUCGAUGUUUUUGCAGUUCAGAGAGAUCCAAGAUAUUGGAAGAACCCAGAUGAGUAUAUCCCAGAGAGAUUCAUAGAGAAUCCAAUUGAUGUGAAUGGGAAAAGCUAUGAGUAUUUACCAUUUUCAUCUGGUCGAAGGAUUUGUCCUGGAAUUACUAUGGGACUUGCAAUUGUUGAAUCCGUAGUAGCAAAUCUUUUGUAUAGUUUUGAUUGGAAACUUCCCAGUGGGAUGACAGUUGAAGACAUCAAUAUGGAGGAGUCCUUUAAUCUCUCCAUCAACAAGAAAACGCCUCUCAUUUUGGUGCCCAUUCCGUGUGAAUUCAGUGUUGCCUAGGGUCAAUGCUUUAAAAAUUAAUAAUAAUGUCUGGACGAUAGUCUUCUAUCGUGCUUAGGACAUGUGUUUCCUUGAAGCAAUUGAAUGGAAGAUCACUCAUUGUUAUCAUGAAGUAAACGAAAAGGGGUUACUCCUCUAUAGAUGUUUGGCCUAUGCCCUUGCAAGAGAAGUUGUGUCUAGAUGUCCAACGCAGACGUAAAUUCUGUUGUCUCCAAGUGUUUGGCUCAUUCUUUUGUUUGGUGCUAAUGAGUGUGGUCUGCUGAUGGCAACGUCAAAGGCGAGAGAAUACUCUCUUGUUUUAUUGAAGUGUCUAAUGUUUUCAGGUUGUUUUAGUACUCUUUUUUUUGUUUUCAUCUUUUUUUAUAAUAAAAUUGAUCUUUUUAUUAAAA